CCUGCUUUGGUUCUUCAGCCUCAGUAUCCUGGCAGCAGCGUUGUCAUGUCGUCGUCGCAGACCAUGACAGCGCCAGCGGUGGGCCGUCGUCCUCCUGACCCGGGUCCGGACAUGGCUCUCUACGACUAUGCCGCUACAAAGCCCCAAGACAACAUCUCCUCCCCGCGCGACGACUCCGCAAUGCGCGCCCUGCAUAAUUCUGCCUUCGACGACAUAGAUGGCUCCCAGGACGACCUCGCCGCUCUCACCGGUGCUGCAGGAACCGCAAUGGACCCGGAACAUGCCCCUGGUCUCGCCGUAUCGGGGGAACCGCAGACGCAGUCCGACGUUGACAAGCAGUCCGCCGCCAGCUCCCUUCUCGCUCAACUCCUCGGGAAUCAGAAUCAGCCAUCAGGAACGCCAGCGCAAGGGAACCAACCGGAACAACAGCAGUCAGUUGACGUUUCGCAAGAAAAUGGUCUGUCUCAGGGCCAGUCCUCGAGAGAGCAGCCGGAGCAGUCGAUAGAGCUGCAGACAACCGAAACGCAGGAUGCAAUACUUUCCAGACCUGAUCCGCAGAACUUUUCGAAUGAGAAUCAGAUACAAAACGGCUCAGAGGACCAGCAGAACGGCGAUCGGAUGAUAAAGGAGGAGCCCGUUUCGGGGACACUGGACUUCCCGGCACUCGAUGGAGACCGUCCGCUCAUGAAGCAGGACCAACAACAUACGGACUUAUUCCCUUCUUUCGACAUGACUGCGCCCCCGAAAGAUGCACUCGAGGCGCUUCAGCAGAACGAGAUGCUCACUGCAAACUUCCUGUCUCAAGGCCUUGAUAUGUCUUCGCUGCCCGAGAUACCCGGAUACUCGCAAGCCUAUCACGACGCAACGACAUCCAUUGCCGGCUCCGAACCCCGUAUCCAAGCCUUCGCAAAACUCGAAUUCGAUGAUGGCCACUUCUACGUAAACACCUACUCCUUUACUCUCGGGCGCGAUGUUCGAGCGGCCCGAGCAGCCUUCCAACGGGAACUACAAGCACGACAAGCCAUGGGAAGGGCAUCCCGGACGAAGAGCUCGAGUGGUGGCAACACAUCUCACACACCCAACCGUGUGAAACGUGAAGGUAGCGCCAUAAUAGGUAGCGUUGUCAGUGAUCGAGGCGGUAUUAUGGGGUUUGAUCCGGACGUCCCUCCGCAUAUGCCUGCGCAAAGAAGCAGGAGAUCCUCAAACUCGUCCUUUGCAGAAUCUGGGGCCUUACAUGCCACACCGGCUCAACUACAAGCCAAUCAUACGGAUUACAAUGCCCUCGCUUUGCAGUCCCUUUACGAAGGUAGCGGAGACGCAAAACCUGUGGAUACGUUAGCUUUGCUCCCGUCGCCUGACGCCUGUCCUACGAUCCCAAUUCACCCGCCUGCUACCGCUGAUGGUAGCGCAGCUGGACACCGAGGGAUCUCAAGGAAACACGUAAAAAUCGCCUACAAUUUCGACAAGAAUUUCUUCGAGAUGGAAGUCAUCGGAAGAAACGGUGCCUUCAUUGGAGCUGACUGGCUGGCUCCGGGUCAGAUCAGACCACUACACAGUGGAGAUUAUAUCCAAAUAGGAGGAGUGCGGAUACGUUUCUUGCUGCCGGAUGUACCAAUUGGAGAAACUGGAGCUGAAAGAGCUGAAGAGUCUUUCAUGGAGGAAGAAGAAAAGGCCAUCACUGCAACCUCCGUGGCUGAAGAAAGCGCGGUUGGAAACGAGAUAGAAGCCACCGGAGAAGCUGAAAGCGACGUUGGAGAAGACAAAGACCAGUCAAAGGUGACUAAGAUAGUCUUCAAGAACAAGGAGUCGGAUGCAUCGCAACCAAGACCAUCCGUCGAAGACACUCCGGACUCGUCACAGCAACCUGUAAAGCGGCGUGGUCCUGGACGCCCGCCGAAGGAUGGCAUCAUGUCAAAGCGUGAACGUGCAGAGAUCGCAAGAGAGCAAAAACUUGCUGCGAAACGUGAGGCGAAUGGCGGAGUCACCCCGCCUCCCUCAAGCAGAUCGAAGGUUGGACGGCCACGGAAAGAUUCCGAUGGUGAUGAAGCCAGUAUCAUCAAGCCCGAGAAACGGAAAUACACCAAGAGGAAGAGAUCUGAUGGUACUUACGUGGAUGUCCCGAUUCCUUCGACAGAGGGUGGAGAUCCAGCCCUCCCGAUGCCUCAGGAAGAAUAUCCCAAGCCUCCUCCCGUCAAGAAACGCAAGCCAUCGCGAUCACCGUCUCCGAACUACCCUCCAGAGUCUGCCUAUACCCCUGAGGACCUGGCGAAGCCGCCUUACAAUUACGCUGUUCUGAUUUUCGACGCUCUGACCGAAUCACCCACUCCAAUGACCUUGAAGCAGAUCUAUCGAGCUCUCAAGCUCAAAUACCCUUAUUUCCGCUUCAAGUGCGAAACAGAAGGCUGGACGUCCAGUGUACGGCACAAUCUUAAUGGUAAUAGCCACCUGUUUAUGCAUGCUGAGCGAGACGGGAAAGGCUGGUCCUGGCAACUUCGUCCGGGCGCGUCGGUCGAGAAAGAGAAGAAGAGAAGGCCCUCGCCUCCUCCACCAUCCCAACCUACGAAUACUACAGUUGGUGCGCAGCAUUACAUGCCGCCUCCGAGCCAGAACUAUUCCAAUCCACAGAGCGUGCCAGCCCAUCUCAGGAAUCAGCAGUACCAGUUUCCAUCGAUGCCGACGAAUCCGUACAAUCCUCCAGCGCCUACACCUCAACAUACAAGCCCUUACGCUCCCCAGUCGCCGUUCCCCAUCACCAAUCCUUUGCGAAAUAAUCUUCCACCUGCGUUUGCCCAGACUACACCUUCUACCUACACAUCUCCUUACGCAUCCGACCCGCCACCACAGCUCACACAACUCCAGCAGCAGCAACAACAGCAACCACAGCAGCAACCACAACAACAGCCGCAACAACACCAACCUCAGCUACCUGGAGGGGUGCCAAUGCAGCAACACUCCCCCUAUGCACCACAGAUCCCGCCCCAGCUGUCGAACAUCAAUCCUCAGCAGCAAGCUCCGCCACAGCAACAAGUUCCGCCGGCACCACCGCCAAUGCAGCACCAAGCCUCCCAUCCACCGGAGCCGAGUCCGAUGCCCAUGGACAACCAAGAUACUCUUUCUUUCAAUGAGCGAGCCAACAAGGCCAUUGACGACUUCGAAGCUGUGCUCAUGGAAGACUAUGAGGACAAAAACUAUAUCCGUGAAGUUCUCAAGAGUGCUCGUGCUCGUGCUCUGGGCCAUGCUCAAGAAAGCUCCUUCCCUGGCGGUGAGCCGAAGGACGAAGCAGUCCUUGUCGAUGCGUUGAAGAACUUGAUCGGAAGUUUGAAAGAGGAAGGUAGUAAUUGAGGUCGAUCGGCUUCUGAGAUUGACUGAUACUCUCGAAGGACAAUGUACUCAUUCUUCGAGAGAUGUCCUUCGACUUCUUGCUGCCGUUCGCACUCCUUUAUUGAACGAUUUACGAACUGGGCAUAUG